AUGUCCCGGAGAGCUCUGAAGGUGCUGGUGGAGCUGGAGUUCACAGCGGUGUCCUGUCCUGGAGUCCACCUGCCAGAUAAAGAUGACCUCUGCCUCAGCAUGAGCUUCAUGGGUCAGGCCCGUCAGUCUGAGGGUCGGCCCGCUGUCUUCCCUCUGCUGCUGCACCAGAGGAUGACCUUUGAAAAAAUUUUCAGGCAUGCAGUCGACCCUGGAGACAUCGCUGUGAUGCUUGAGUAUGAGACGGUCACGAUUGAACUGGUGCAGCUGAUUCCUCCAGUGGAUGACACGCUGGCCUGCUUUGAAGAAGAUGCUCGACACUUCUUGUUCCCGGAGCCUAAACUCGUUCCCUCGUCCUCCGGAGUGGACCGAGAGGUCCUGAUGACCCGAGCUCCUCACUUUCCAGGUAUUGCUCCUAGGUUGGAGUUUUCCACCAAAACAACCAUCAUUGAGUGCCUAGCGGAUGCAGAGAUGAUCAUUUACCCCAAUAUAACCAUGAGACCACUGAUGAAGAGGAACAGGAAACACUGCAGCAGACCCAGGAGCUGCUCUCCUCAGAGGAGACAGCCUCCAGCCCUGGGAAGCAGACGAGGAGUCAGAGCGUCCAGAGAAAGAACCAGCAGGUCACCACCGUUCCUCCUCAGAACCCAGUCCCUGCCCCCCAACUCACAGCACCUGGCCCGGCUCAGCCUGGCCCGGCUCAGACUGGACUCGCCCCCACAGCAUAUGCUGUCUUCGUGGCCUGGAGCCAGUGGAUAUGUCCCGCACCCCCACUCUGCAAUGUUUACCAGCUCCUCUUCACCUUUGACCAGGUCUUCAUCCAUUGUGAGAUACUCUCCAACCGUCAGGAGAAAGUCUUUAUCCAAUGGUUUGGUUGGAGGGAUAUCACAAGAUGACUCCAGCUCUUCAGAAACACAAGACCCACCUGACUACCACCAGGGUCCGGACCCUCGAGUGUGGGGGUCUUACAGGGAACAAGCCAGGCACUCCAGGUCUUGGUCCAGCUCUCACAGAGAAUGGGAAGAGGUCCAGGAGCGUGUUCGGGGACUUCUCACAACCCUAAAGCUGUACGGGGCCACAGACUGUGAGGUAGACGAGGUGUUAGCCAGGAGGUCCAUCUCUCCAGGACCAACACUAUGACCCGACCAGACUCUGAAAGGGAAAGAGACUGUCACCUUCCAAUUCUGUCUUCUGAUGUCACGACUCUCCUGUUGUGUGUACAGAGAGGUAUUUUUUCUGCAGUGACUUAAUAUAUGUCCACACACACUGUAU